CUCAUUCUCUCCGAUAACGACACAUGUAAUCCCACAUUUUACAUUAUUUUAAUCAAAGAAUUCUCCUCUUCCUCUUCUCUCUCACCUCACCUUCUUCUCAAAUCCGUCUUUUCUGACUUCCGCUCUGGUGGCCCCCACUCACCACCACCCCCCAUUGAAACCUCACAUCUCCUCACCGCACCAUUAGAGAGACCUCACCAAAAAUAUCGGGGUCCAUGGAAUCUACGCUCCAGCUUAUACGAUACGUAUAAGCAAAUUGUCUACGGAAAAAGUAGAAAAAAAUCUUCUAGGAGUAUUGGGUUUUUAUUAUUAUUUUAUUUAUAAAUCUUUCCUCCCUACCAAAGAUCAUAGCUUUCUUCCCAUUACCCCAUAUCGAAUGUUGAAAUGGUGAAAUACAAUUCGAAUUCAUGGUGAUUUGUCGCCAUCAUGUAGAAGCCAUAUCGCUUAUGGCUUUUACGGAAGGUGGUAUUUGACUUUGAAACCAAAACAAGUUUGUUUUUUCAGAGGUUAGAGGGUUUGGUGGUGCUCGGGGUCCAUAUUAUUUGAUUGGAAGGUCUGCUUUUGGAUGGGAUGUGGUGGGUUUGAUGGAAUUUUGGUUCUGAUGGAGAUGAGAUUAGGAUUUGAUACAGCCUCAUUCUUCAAGGGUUUGAAUGCUUUUCUGCUUUCAGUGGUGAAAAAAGUUUGAUUUUUUUCUUCUUCCGUCUAUUAGUUUAUAAGCAGAGGUUGUUGAUGGGCUUGAAGAAAUUUGGUUUUUCGAGCUCUAUAGUUGAAAUUAGAUUGUUUAAAGAGUAUCGACUUGGUUUUAAGCCGCCUUCUCAGCUAGAGGAGAAGGAGGAGAAGAAGAUUAAGGAAGUGUUGUGGGUGUAAAGCUGGAUUGGAUUCAUAGAAUUACUGGGAAAUAUGGAGGAAGAGGCUAAUUCUUGGAUUAGGAGAACAAAGUUUUCUCAUCGCUUUGAUUCUUCAAGAUUGGCCUCCCUUCCUCUAACCAUUGAACAAGACCGGAUUUCAGGGUUAAAGUCAAGGCCUAUAGCAACAGCAACAGAGGCUCCUUCUAAUCAGACUUCAAGGCUCAAUAAUUCAAAGACUCAGAGGAACCAUGUUCCUUCACGGUUUCAGCGAAAUCUCAUUACCAAGCAGAGAUCUUUGUCCCCUCUGCCUCAGACCACCCUCUCUGAUGAGUUUAAGGAAGCCAAGUCUGAAGCCAAGAGGUUUUCGACACCACAUCCUAAGAGAAAAGUUAUGGGAAGGUUAUUUAGUAAGGAUUCACAAACUAAGGCAUCGAAUCCGAUGAAUACGAGCCCCCUGAGGCACUUGGCGUCUAUGAAAGUCAAUGACAAGUCGAAGAACCGGAAGGAGUCGCCUUGGGCCAAGUACUUUGACCAUGCCGGUGGCAGAGUUAAUGCUGUGGAAGCUGCCGAUGAAUUUAGUGUUGAUUUGUCAAAGUUGUUUCUUGGGCUUAAGUUUGCUCAUGGGGCGCAUAGCAGGCUCUACCAUGGUAUUUACAACGAUGAAGCUGUUGCAGUUAAGAUUAUCAGGGCUCCGGAUGAUGACGAAAGUGGAGUAUUGGCAGCUCGAUUGGAGAAACAGUUUAGGAGAGAAGUUACUCUUCUAUCACGUCUCCACCAUUCAAAUGUCAUAAAGUUCGUUGCAGCCUGUAGAAAGCCACCCGUAUAUUGUGUAGUCACGGAAUAUUUAUCAGAGGGUUCCUUGAGGGCAUAUUUGCACAAACUGGAGGAUAAAUCUCUUCCUUUGGAGAAACUGAUUGCCAUUGCCUUGGACAUUGCUCGGGGAAUGGAAUACAUACACUCACAAGGAGUCAUUCAUAGGGACCUCAAGCCCGAAAAUGUUCUUAUUGAUCAAGAAUUCCACCUGAAAAUUGCUGAUUUUGGUAUAGCAUGCGAGGAGGCGUACUGCGAUUCUUUGGCUGAUGACCCUGGGACGUACCGUUGGAUGGCCCCGGAGAUGAUCAAGCGUAAAUCCUAUGGGAGGAAGGUUGAUGUGUACAGUUUCGGACUUGUCUUCUGGGAAAUGGUGGCCGGAGCAAUCCCCUAUGAGGAUAUGAAUCCCAUUCAAGCUGCUUUUGCUGUAGUGAAUAAGAAUUUGAGGCCUGUUAUUCCAAAGGACUGCCCAUCUGCCAUGCGACUCUUGAUCGAGCAAUGUUGGUCCUUGCAACCAGAUAAAAGGCCUGAGUUUUGUCAGGUUGUGAAGGUAUUGGAGCAAUUCGAGUCUUCCCUUGCCCGUGACGGAACGUUGACUCAUGUACAAAAUCUAAUUUGCCAAGAUCAUAAGAAGGGGCUCCUUCACCGGAUUCAUAAGCUUGGUCCUGUGCAUCCUCAUAGCACACCCGUGCCCAAACCCAAGUUCUCUUGAAUCUUUCUUAUGAUCUGGCUUUUGUAGUGUCACCAGGUCAAUUGUAAUUAAAAAAAGAAGGUUCGUUUUUCAAGCCUUUUUUUAAAAUUGUAUUUCUCUAUUAUGUUACAUUCAUGUGGAACAGUGGAAGUGAACAAAUAGAUUGAAAGGCAUGCAUUGGAGUGAAGCAAA